CAUUCACUCAUGUCCCUAUCAAUCUCUCUGCUUUCUCACCUGCAUCUAAUUUUAAUAGGGCCUGUAGCUAUAAAAGCACGGCAAUAUGGUUUCCUCUUUAAUUACAACUUCAUAUUUCUUUUUGUCAUUGUGCUUAAUUAUGAUGUUUUCUUACACAUACAGUUUCUCUCACUCCUUUGUGAUUGUUUCCAUUCUUUGGUUGUUUAUUCCCAAUAGUAUUACUGAAGCUGUCCCAUACUACAACGCCCAUAGAUGUAUUAAUGAAACUACAUACACUCCUAAUAGCACUUUUCAAUCUAAUCUCAUUCUCCUACUCUCUUCUCUUUCUUCCAAUGCUAACAGCAUAACCGGAUUUUAUAACACAACAGCUGGUCUUGAUGCCCCCGAUGUGGCUUAUGGCGUCUUUCUCUGUCGUGGCGAUAUCGCCGGUGCUAAGGGCUGUCAAGAUUGUGUGGCUCAUGCAGUGAAAGAAAUCCAGCAAUAUUGCCCCAACCAGAAAAAGGCAAUUAUUUGGUACCAUGAGUGCAUGUUACGUUAUGCCAACAAGUCUUUUUUCUCCACCAUGGAGCAAGCGCCCGAUGCGUACUUUUAUACGGACUUGUGGGGGACUGUAAAUAAUAUCACAGAACAAGAUCGCUUUGAUCAAUUGGUGGGAGAAACUGUGGAUGAUUUGGCGACUCGUGCUUCAAAUGACGAGUCUGGAAUUGUUACGAGGUUUGCAACUCAAAAAGUUGACUUCUCAGCUUAUUGGAAGAUAUAUAGCCUAGCGCAGUGCACACCAGAUAUAUCCGGAAGUGAUUGUAAUGGAUGCCUUCGACAUGCUAUAACUUAUUUUCAAAGAUGUUGUGUUGGAAAGCAAGGGGGGAGGGUUUUUCUUCCCAGUUGUAAUAUAAGGUUCGAGGUGAAACCGUUUUACAACAGUUCCAUAGCCCCCGCUCCACUGCCUACACCAAUUUCUCCUCCUCCACCUGCUCCAACUCCUUUAACAAGUCCUAAAGGGAAAGGGAAGAUUUCGUCACAAACAAUUAUUGCCAUUGUUGUGUCAGUUGUGUCAGUGGUACUUCUCUCCGUAGGCUGCUGCUUCCUAGUUAGAAGAGCAAGGAAACGGUAUUAUACUAUAGAAGAAGAAAAUGUUGGGAAUGAAAUUACGACAGUAAAUUCCUUACAAUUUGAUUUGGGUACGAUUGAAGCUGCAACAAACAACUUCUCCAUUGAUAACAAGAUAGGUCAAGGCGGGUUUGGUCAGGUCUACAAGGGUACUCUCCCUAAUGGAAAAGAAGUAGCUGUGAAGAGACUAUCAAAGAGCUCUGGACAAGGCGCUACAGAAUUUAAGAAUGAGGUCAUUGUUGUAGCCAAGCUUCAGCACAGAAAUCUGGCGAGACUAAUGGGAUUUUGCCUUGCUAGAGAGGAAAAGAUACUCAUCUACGAAUAUGUUCGCAACAAAAGCCUCGACUACUUUCUGUUUGAUCCUGAAAAACAAGGACAAUUGGACUGGUCAAGACGCUACAAUAUUAUAGGAGGUAUAGCCAGAGGGAUGCUUUAUCUUCAUGAAGAUUCCCGGCUAAGAAUAAUUCAUCGUGAUCUCAAGGCUAGCAAUAUUUUGUUAGAUGGCGAUAUGAACCCUAAAAUUUCAGAUUUUGGCAUGGCAAAGAUUUUUGGUGUGGAUCAAUCUAAAGGAAACACAAGUAGAAUAGUUGGGACAUUUGGUUACAUGUCUCCAGAAUAUGUAAUGCAUGGACAAUUUUCUGUGAAGUCCGAUGUAUUCAGUUUUGGCGUUUUAGUUCUAGAGACUAUAAGUGGCAAGAAGAACAGUGAUUUCUUUCAAUCAGGUCAUGAGGAUGGCCUCCUGAGUUAUGCUUGGAAACAAUGGAGGAACGGGACGCCAUUGGAAUUGAUGGAUUCAACAUUGAAGAGCUCUUAUUCAAGAAAUGAAGUUGUCCGAUGCAUCCAUAUAGGCUUGAUGUGUGUUCAAGAAGAUAUGGAAGUGAGGCCGUCUAUGGCAUCUGUAAGUCUCAUGCUCAGCAGCCUUUCUGUUAGUCUACCAUUGCCUCAAAAGCCUGCAUUCUUUGCACACAGCAGAGCAGAGUACUUGAGCAUGCAACCUACAAGCAAGUCAAGGGAGUGGUCUGUGAAUGAAGCAUCCAUUACUGAACUUUACCCCAGAUAGAGUCAGAAGUUUAAGUAAUUUAAAAAUGUGUGUAUGCUGUGAAAGUGUGAAAUGAGUGAACUUAAUUUUCCAGAAUAUGAAUGAUACAUUGGUCAUUGUUGAUAGGUUAAACUAAAAAGAGCAUGCGCUCAAAAGAUAAUCAGCAAGUUUGCAACUAGGUUACAUAAAUGAUCUAAUACAAGCCCAAAUUUGGUUUAAUUUAAAUGGAACAUAUUAUCAUGGUUCGUUAAUCAAUUCCGCGUUUGGUAAUAGGUAUAGCGAGUUUGAGGACUUUUUUACUACAGAACACCCUUUCCCAGUUUUUGUAACACUUUUUGCUCCAAGUGCAAGCUGGUUCAUGAAAAUAGUAAUUGUUGAAUUACCCUAGUCCAUUUAGCUUAUUAGAUUGAACAGCCCCUUCAAAGUAAGUUUGAAAUAACGGAGUAUUAAUUUAUUUUCCAAUUUUCAGCCCAUAUUUAAUAUCAUCACAAUAUAAUUUCUUUUCCUUUCAUCUACUUAUUAUAUGUUGUGCCUUGUACUUGGUAAACCUCAUCAAAUGACUUCAAUGCACCUAUAAGGCUGCCGGAUUGACUUGAAUGCGUCUAACCGCUUCCCAUCAUUCAUCCAGCCUGUUAGGUUCAUCAAUUCAUUCCAUUUUUUCUUUUUAUUUUUUUCAUAAUGCUAGAAUCAAGCAUUUUUUUUUUCUUUUUAUUUUUUUCAUAGCAAGAAUGUUAGCCGUUAGUGUGGUGCAGAGGAUGCGAGGCUCAAGUAUGGACUAGCGAAUACGCGGAGCAAUCUAACUAUUCGAGCACUUGCAUUUCCUUCUAAUUAGGUAUGGCAAA